AUGGCCCGCUACGAAGACGGCUACGACCCGCAUUACGGGUACAACGUCAACGCCUUCAAACACCAACCCAUCCACCUACUCGCGAUCGGCAAAGUCGUCAAACUAAUUGCGACGCCCUUUGGACUCGCCAGCGAAGCAAUCCACGAGCACCGAAUCAAGAAGGUCAAGCACGAGAACGAUCCCGUGCGAGUCCAGCUGCCGCCGCAGCAUGCCGACCGACUGAUUGCGAGCGGGCAUGCGCUCCCCGCCGACGAGGACGAGGAACCCACGCAUACCCUCAUCCAUGACGAUGGGGUCGACCACGACGAGCAGGACUGGGCGCUAGAUGAGAUGAUGGCCUCUGAUGAGCAAGACGAGGAAGGUAGCAACAACAACAACGACACCCAUGGGAGCCAAACAGCAAGAGCAGCGACAACCACCCGCAAGAAGCUCCCCUUUCCCGUGAUUCUCCCGCAGCGCCGCCCGCGGACCAAAACCCGCGGAUUCGUGCGCGCCUACGCCCCCGUCCUGCAGGAUGCGGGCGUCGAUCAGACCACCUUCCUCCGGUUUCUGAAGGAUCUGCACACGCAUGCGCAGGCGUCGCCGGCUCUGGAGGUCCUCAGUCUCGCGGCCGGGGUCGCCGGCGUCUAUCCCGAUCUGCUGGUUGCGGGCGUAGCGCAGGCGGUGCAGAUCGCUGCCAUGGCCGGGCGGGAGAUGCAGGAGCGGUGGCGCACGAAUAGAUUCCUGGAUCAGAUGAAUCGAGAGCUCUUCAUGCCGCGCGGCUUGUAUGUGUUGAUUGUGCAGUAUGAGACUACAUCCCGCGAAAAUACGGAGGUGGGAACAAAGACGGUGGAUCUGGAGGCCCAGGCGGUCGCCAAAUACGGCGGUUCUUCAGGCUCUUCUGCGGAGGGUAAGGGGGAAGAAGGGUGGAAGGAGAAGACGACGAAGCGGCUCCGUGAAACGAGUGGGACGACUCGUGGUGAGGCGGAGAUGCCGUUCAUGUGUGCUCCGUUGGUGUUUCCGGGGAUCGAGCGGGUGGCGCAUGAGAUGAUCGACGGGUAUGCGCAGGGCAGGGAGUCCGCCAGCAACGCGGCGCUCAGGUUCAAGGAUAAGGCCAAGGGCACGGGCAAGUGGCUUGCCGACUAUUUUGACCGUCGCGCGCAGGCCGACUUUGCAUUCAACAAUCCUAACUCAACACUCGUGAAGGCCAUGGGCGAUGCAGCCCCACAGUUCAAGUCUAAGUUGAGUGACCCGAAUGAUCAACGAAACAAACACCUGGCUACCCUCAUCACCGGGGGAAAGCUGCGAGCAGAGCCGCAGUCUUGA